UUCAUCAUCAGUUAGCAAGCUUCAAGCUUUCAAAACAGCGACAGAGAACAACACAAAGACAAACAAACACACAUACAUAUAUACAAAACGACAACGAUAAUAAUAAUAACAAUAACAUAGAACAAAGAACGACAUUUGCAGUUAAAUUUUCCAAUUUUUCACAAACUCAAUUAACAUUCAAUAUGGCUGAAGUAGCUAGAAAUGUGGGCGACGCGAUGCAGGACGAGCCCAUCGAGUUGCUCGACAUCGAGUACACGCAGAUUUCGUCCGUGCCAAAGGGACAAGAACAGGAAAAGGAGCAGGAGAAACAGCUGCGUCCCAAGACCGGCAAGCUCAUCAAGAAGGCCAUGAAGGAGGCGCACAAGGCGCAGCGCAUGCUGCAACAGGCCAUGGAGCAGCUGGUGAAGGAGCAGCACAAGCUGAAGCACAAUGAGUGCAAGCAGGCCAAGAAGGCGAAGAAGCAGCAGAAGAAGCAGCACAAGAAGGACAAGAAGCUGGCCAAGAAGCAGCAACGCAAGGAGCAGCAGUCCACAGAGGAACAACACCAGGAGGAGUCCGCUGAGAAGGCGGCACGCUCUCGCUCCAGCAGCGUCAGCUCCACUUCCAGCUCGUCGUCUUCGUCGUCAUCAUCGUCGUCGUCGUCCAGCUCCUCAUCGAGCUCGUCAAGCAGCUCCGGUUCCGACCAAGCAUACGGUUGGUUUGGCCGUGGUCAUGGUCAUCAUCGUGGACGCCGCGAUCGCUCCCGUUCCCGUUCACGUAGUCUUUCGCGUGGACCUUGGCGUAGACAUGGUCAUGGUCAUGGACAUGGACAUGGGCACGGUCAUCGUCGUCCUCAUGGACAUGGUCAUGGUCAUGGUCAUGGUGCAGGACAUGGUCAUCGUCAUGGUCAUGGUCACGGACACGGCCAUGGCCACGGCCCACAUCACUUUGGACCGCAUCACAUGCUGCCUCAUCACUUUGGACCCCAUCACUUUGGACCACGUGGCGCUUGGCCCGUAUGGGAAGACGCUCAGUUUUUUCGGAUGGGCGGCCUGCCGUGGGCCCAGGAGACAAACACGGCAAUCCCGAAAUGCCGCUCGAAGUCUAGAGCACGCUCCGUUUACCGCUCCGGUGGACAUCGUGGACAUCAUCAGCGACACGGACACGGACACGGACAUGGCCCAAAAGAUCACGCCCAUGGCCAUCGUGUAAGGCGUUCCAGGUCUAGCUCCAGCUCUAGCUCUAGCUCCAGUUCCAGCUCCAGCUCUAGCUCCAGCUCCGAUUCCAGUUCGAGCUCUAGCUCCAGCUCUAGCUCUGGCAGCGAGAAGCAGUUUGGUCGUUAUCACGGUCAUCAUCGCGGACCUCAUCGUGGCCACCAUCGCGGUCACCACUUCGGUCCUCGUCCGGGACCUCAUGAUUGGCCACAUCAUGGCCCUCACCAUGGUCCUGGUCCUCAUCAUGGUCCUGGUCCUCAUCAUGGUCCUCAUCAUGGACCUCAUCACGGACCUCCCCAUCAUGGUCCCCAUCAUGGUCCUCACCAUGGUCCUCACCGUGGCCCACAUCACGACUGGCGUGGCCCUCCCUGUGGACCCAUGGAUGCCUUUGGGCCACCAACACCGCCGCCUGAUUGCGCUGAGCGGCGUUCUCGCUCUCGCUCCCACUGCAAGGGCGGAAAAUCCGUUGAGCGGGAAGUGAGUCGCUCUCAGUCUCGUUCUCGUUCUCGCUCUCGUUCUCGCUCUCGUUCCUGCUCUCGUGCCAAGCAGGAUAAGAAGGACAAGCACGAGAAGCAUGACAAGCAUCAGAAGCACUGCAAGGGCAAGGGCAAAGGCAAAGACAAGUGCAAGGGUAAAGGCAAAGGCAAAGGCAAGGGCAAGGGCAAGGAAAAUCAUAAGCACAAGCAUCAUCAAGGACAUCAUAAGCAUGGCGAAGUCAACGCCUAAUUUUACUGCCCAAGGAACAACGCAAAGAGUUGGAACAAUUGCAUAUAUCAACUAUUAAUCUUCAAUUUAUAAAAAUCAAAAAAUUAAAAAAAAAAAAGUAUAAUACGCUACUCUAUAUAACCAUAUACUAUAUAUUCGAUUUAUAUCAAAACAUGUAUACACUAUAUAUUUUUUUU